GUACUUAGCAGACGCAACUAACACCUGAUCCCGCCUAAACUACUUUAUAAAUCAUCCUAUGCGAAACUAAACUAACUUUCCCUCCAUCUGCAGUCUAGCGAUUAGUUCCGACCAAGUUGCAUCGACUCCACCUCCAUCACACCCACCCUACUUAAUGCGCCGAUCUGACUUUUUUCUCCUCCAUCCAUCUAUCUUUUCCGACCAUAUCCAUCUCGCUUGCAUUAUCCCUUCCGAUCCUUGUCCGUCUAUCCCAUCCAGGCAUCACCCAUUAUCCACACAAGAAAAAAAAAAUAAGCAACAUGGUUCUCGGCAUCGCCAUGAUGGCCGCUAUGGUCCCAACCAUGAUCGGGCUCAACCAAGCCAGUCAAAACAUGCGCGACAGCGAAGAUAGCCGGAAAGAAUCCAGUCGGAAACAACGCUGCCAUCUGUUAGUGAACUGCUCCGUGAGUCAGGGCACGACGGCACAGCGUGAACAAAUUCAUAAUGCGAUGGUGUAUGUGGGUCCUGAGAACCGACUCUACAUAACCAAAAACCCCAACCCUGAAACAAUGACCCCCUUCAACGGGGGUUUCUUCACACAUCCGCAGUUCCCACCGGAUAACACAGCCGGCCUCGUCACCAUCACAGGGGAAACGCCGCCCACGUUACGCUGGGUCUUCCUCGACGUCACCACGCACGAGGUGCGCUGGGGUGGGCGGGCCGAGAGCGAGGGCCAGGUGUGUGGGCCCUUUGACUGGACGAAGGACGAAUCCCGGAUCACGCUGGAGGGGUGGGAGGGGUGGUUGGCAGUAAGGUUUCCGGGAGUGGAUGAGGAGGGGGUUUGGAGGUUGUGGUUUGAUCGGGAUGAUGAUGGGGCUGGAUUGAAGGACUUGGGUGAGAAGGGAAUGGAGGUGCAGGGGUUGGAGGUCGUAUUGAAAAGGGUUUCGGCUGAAUCAUGAAUUAAUUUACUUACAUACUUCGUAAUAUUCAUUAUAAUUUAUUUCGAGUGUUGAUUUUUUGGGGGUUGUUAGAGGUGUAGGAGUAAACUUGGUUAUGGGCUACGCAGUGGGAAAUGAAAUGAACGGUGGAGAUGGAUGGAUUUGGUGGAUGCGGAUCGGGACGCGCGCGAACCAGAACCUUUGCUUGGGAGGAUGCGAGAUCCGCUGCGGCUGGAGAGGAGUCGGUGGUUUAAACCUAUCAGAGUGGCUUGAUGGGGUCAGAGCUGAAGCUGAACCUGCAAGCUGAGAUCCACUGGUUGCCUGCCUUGAUUAUGGGAUCUUCCUUGCUGUCUAACUUUCCUGUCUACUUACUGUCUAGCUUUUUCGACGGA